AUGGGCUACCUCAUCAGCGCUGAGAUCCCAAAGGCCAAGCAAUGCAAGCAGAUUGUGUGCCUGAGCUGCGUCGACAAACUGCUCGGCAAGGUGACGGAGAACAUUGAUGGUCUGUCGAUCACGUUGAGCAUUCGAAAAGAUGGCGGCCAAGACACUGCUGUCCUACGGCGGGAGACACUGAGGAGUCCUUGGAGCCAGACCCUCGAGCUCACGGAUGAUGUGCUGAGCUUCCUCUGCCGGGAGAAUGCAACAACAGUGCCGGGGCGGAGGCCAGUCGCCACGGCGGCGUCCCAGGUCGGCAAGCGAGGCAUGGCAAAGGGGAUGCGGCCAAGGGCGAAAGGCGCUACGGAAGAAUCGAGCACCGAAAUCUGGGUGAAAGGCAAAGAGGGGCGGUUGAAGCUCAAUUUCCGAAAGAGCGACCGGAGGAUCAUGGGCUACCUCAUCAGCGCUGAGAUCCCAAAGGCCAAGCAAUGCAAGCAGAUUGUGUGCCUGAGCUGCGUCGACAGACUGCUCGGCAAGGUGACGGUGAGCAUUGAUGGUCUGUCGAUCACGUUGAGCAUUCGAAAAGAUGGCGGCCAAGACACUGCUGUCCUACGGCGGGAGACACUGGGGAGUCCUUGGAGCCAGACACUCGAGCUCACGGAUGAUGUGCUGAGCUUCCUCUGCCGGGAGAAUGCAACAACAGUGCCGGGGCAGAGGUCAGUCGCCACGGCGGCGUCCCAGGUCGGCAAGCGAGGCAUGGCAAAGGGGAUGCGGCCAAGGGCGAAAGGCGCUACGGAAGAAUCGAGCACCGAGGGGGCGGUGCUGGGCAUCAAGGCUCACGCGGUGCGCUACCUUGGGAUGAUGGUAUCUCCCGACGAGUCGGUUCGCGUCUUCCUACCAACGGGGUCGGCGUCCCCUCCGCUUAGGCUGUACAUGUCAGCGUGGGAUCACAACGGUGAGGGCCGACCAAAGAAGUUGGGGAAGCCGGACAAGAUGCACGCGCUGCCGGAGAUUGUUUGGUUGGACACGCUUGGCGAGCUCUGCUGCUCGUGCGACCGGGGGCGGCUGAUGGAGGACGCGCCGUGCGUGCACAAGCUGGCAAUGGCGGCCAUCAGCGAGAGCUGGGCCUUGACGGCGGAGCUGCCUACCCACGAGUCGCUCGGCAGAGGAGCAAGGGUUGAGCGGGUUGGAGCGGACGCGACGGGGAGCUACUUUGCGGUUGCCGACAACCUCCAAGGGCCGCCUGGCCCCCGGAGGCGCAUGCUGUUCCGCAGAAGCAAGGGAGCUUGGUAUUGCGAGGGCAAGCGCGAAGGGUGCCCAAGCCUCAUGGACUGCUCACACGUCUCGGCAGCUAAAGCGGCUCUAAGGUUGGAUUAG